UUGCUGAAUGAAUGUGCCAUUCAUCCCUCCGUGUUGUUGUUCUCCUGUUUGGACUCACAUGGAUAAUGUAAUUGACAGAUGGCUCUCAUUCAGGCCAGGAUAGGCAUGGAGAAGGAGAAAAGGGGGACGGCCAUAACAAGUGAGGAUGUCUCCUGGAUUUUUUGUGCACUAGGGACGUUUGUAAAUGAGGACUUGUCAGCUCUGAAAUAUUAAGGUUUCCUGAAGGUUCUGGAGGAAAUCUGUGAGGAAAGAAUAUAAAUCCACUGUUCAAAACUUCUUGGAAGGACCAAUGGGGGCUAAAUUCACCAUCUGCUGCUGUCACUACUACCUGAGACACAACAGAGAGGAGAAGAAUGCCAUUCUGCGUAUUCGUACCAGGGCAGCCCCCAGACCGCCGGACCUGCUGCCCAGUGAGUCCAGUGACAAUGACACAGAGGAGGAGAGUCUCUUUGGGCCGGAGACUUCGAGAUGGAGCCUGUCGAGCAACAAGAGCCAGAGGGGCUCCUCUGAUCCACAGUCCGGCACAAACAGAGCCCGCGGUUCUCCCCUCAGGCGAGAAUCGGACAGAGAGUUACAGGCCUUUAUCAGCAUGAGAGACCAGGCUGACAAGGCUACAGAGGAAUGGGAGAAGCUGAAUUAUGACAUACACACUUUGCGCUACGCAAAACGAGAAGUACGAUCUCGAUGGAAGAAAAUCCUAGUGCAGCUAGGUUAUCAGUGUGAGGUGGACUCCCUGCUGUGCGUGGACAAACGGAGGUUCAGUCGAGAUCAGGAGCAUCACAACAGAACCACGGAACUGUUGGAACAGCUGCUCGACCACACCUCUCUGUUCCCUCCAGGGACGGGGCCCCAGAACAAAUACCUCUGUGUCAUGGACUGCCUGGUGUCACUGGACAGUGCUGAGGAGUUUGUCAGACUGGCCAAAGAGAAAUAUCCCAAGAAAUGAGGCUGAGAGACAGAGACAAAAAGAAGAUGAUGUAACAGCUGAGAGACAGAGGGUAAAGAAAAAAUAUUUAAAAUGUUGAGAAAUGCUGCACAAAAAUAAAUCAUCUGACACAUACCUGCAUGCAUUUAUUUCUAAAUGCAAAUCAAUAUCUGCUCUUUGAUAUGUUGGUUGGAAUUUAUUUACACUGCAUAUUGGUAAGUUGCACUUUUUCAUUUACACCUUAUAGUUUUUAAGGUUAUAUUUAGAUGUGUUGUUUUGUACUUUGUAUAUAAUUCUCUGUGUCACAGUAUUUCUCUUUCACUAACACUUGUUCACAUGGAAAAAUGCAGGUGUCCCUUAGAGAAGUAAUUAAUUAAACAAUGUAAAAUGUAAAAAUACUGGUUUUGUGCUUAUUUGUUCUUUUUUUAUUUCAUUUUAAAAAGUUAAGAAAUCCUCUACAAAUAGGUAUUUACUGUUUUAUUAAAUAUGAGACAAUCCAUCAAACACAACUGAUGUUAACUAAUGAUACUGAUGAACUGUAUGCUAUAUUUCUGUAAUACUUUGGUGGUUUCUUCUUCAUCUUGUCACAAAUAAAGUACAUUUCUCAGUCAGUGUCA